AGGGCUGCUCGGCGCUCUCUAGGCGGAGCUGAGCUCCGGGAGGAGCCGCUCACCAAUCAGCAGCUGGACACGUCCCGCAGCGGCACCGCCUCCCGGCUGCUGCCACCCUUUAACAGCAGCGGCUCCCCGCUUUCUGCUUCAUACUUUCCAGUCCUACUGCAAAGGAAGCAGCAAGCAUGGCCAGAACCAAGCAGACCGCCCGUAAAUCUACCGGAGGCAAAGCUCCCAGGAAGCAGCUGGCCACCAAGGCGGCCAGGAAGAGCGCGCCGGCUACCGGCGGCGUGAAGAAGCCUCACCGCUACAGGCCCGGUACCGUGGCUCUGAGAGAGAUCCGCCGCUACCAGAAGUCCACGGAGCUGCUGAUCCGCAAGCUGCCCUUCCAGCGGCUGGUGCGAGAAAUCGCUCAGGACUUCAAGACCGACCUGCGCUUCCAGAGCUCGGCCGUCAUGGCUCUGCAGGAGGCCAGCGAGGCUUACCUGGUGGGUCUGUUCGAGGACACCAACCUGUGCGCCAUCCACGCCAAGAGGGUCACCAUCAUGCCCAAAGACAUCCAGCUGGCCCGCCGCAUCCGCGGAGAGAGAGCUUGAAAAACUCCUCAGCGCUCCUCAAACCUCAAAGGCUCUUUUAAGAGCCACACACUCUCACUCAAGAGCUUUUUCCUUGUGUAUUACAUAUUUUCUAAAUGUAACUAAGUGACGAAGAUAAAGACACCAAAGAGCAAUAUGAGGGAAAGUUGCUUAUAAAAAUUGCAAGAUGAAAAUUUCAUGUUUACCAGCUCUACUAUGAGCACCUUUUUGGUCAAGUUAUUUUAUUUA